AUGCGUAUCAAUGAUGGAAUCGGUAGCGUUGUCCGUGGCCCAGACGGCUCGCUUCGCCCAGCUAACGAUCUGAUGCUUCUCCGCGACGGCCGCCUCACGGUAUGGUCCGACAAGGCAGCAUGGGUCUCCCGCCCAACGGGCCUAUACGUCCCGGAGCAGAGAUUGGUCGACUGGGCCCGGACGGACUCAUACGCGGUGCAGGAGGGCCAUACGUUCAACCACCCUACGGUUCACAACCCGGAAAUUUCCCUCCUCCAUACGGAGGCAUACAUCCAACCCCAGCGCAGCAGCACCAGAACAUGCAAACGCAACGUGGUGCUGGUGGAGCUCUCGGCGGACCUGGCCCGGGUCCCGGACCAGGACCAGGGCCAGGAGGUCCUCCUCGGGCCGCAAGCGUGGACGAUCUGGCGGGAUUAUCUCAAAUGGACUUGCCGGGGAUUUAGAUAUCGUUGGUAUGUCCGGUCCUGGACGCCCGGACCUGGCAGGGCAUCGCUACCCCCACAGAUACCACCGAUGAUGAAUAACGUCUGUGGACCGAGACCUGGCCCGGCAGGACCCGUGGCGAUGGCACGAAGGCCGACAUUGAUGCAAGGAAGGCCACUCCCGAUAGGCAUGGGUGUUGUACGAAUGCUCGAAUUGAGUCAAGAAUUGAGUAAUAUGAAAGAUAAAAUGUUGCCCGACUGGGUACGAUUUAGGGGAGAAUUUUUCACGCAAUCAGGUAGUAUCUCAAUGACAAUAUUCUACGGUGUCGAAGGGCGGAAAUACAUGGUCGCGCCCGAACUCAUCCCUCGUUACUUUCUCGCAUUCUUUGAGAGUGGAGUGAACAAGAUGAGUAUCGGUUUGAAUGGCGCGACCGAAACGACCGAAGGAUGCCAAAACGAACAACUCGAAUCAUAUGUUUCGACAAUGCAUGCCGUUUGGCGAUACGAGCUUGAUAACGGAUGGGUCGUGGAGCACAAUGGACCGCUAAAAGUUCAUCUCGUGGCGGAACAAGUCCCUGGAGAUCCGCAGUCGUUUAAACUCAAGAUUAAUAACAUGGUCUGCAACGCCCCAACGACAUCUUAUUUCUUCCGACCAGAGAGGAUCGAUGGUAAUCUCCUUCAUGGACCAAAUCAUGAUGUUGGCCCGAUGACACCCGGAUAUCCCCGGGCCUCGCAGCACGCCACGGGCGAGCCCAUGGGCGGCCCUGGCGUCGGUCUGGGUGACGAUCACGGAGCAUUCCUCGAGCACGAAGAGAGGAUUAUGUACGAAAAGGCAUCACUUCCGCCUAAACCGUUCCAGACGUACGGUCUUCCGGGGAGCCGACUUGUUCGUGACUCACGCCCAGCCGGCAGUUCAUUCCCUCAUUUUAAUCCCAGUUUCAACCCCUCACAUAUGCCCAACCAUAGUCCGGCCUUGGUCCACGCUCAGGCAGGCAUGCAUCAUGGCCCACCCCAAGGUGCGAUACCGACGACAGGCCGACCGACGCCAACUCCUCCACCUAUGCGACAGGGCGGAGGACCUGGUAUUGGCCGCGGAGGUAUGCCUUUAGCCGGAAGCGGCGAACUCCCGCCUGUUCCAGGUCUAGGCGUCGCAAUUCCAUCGGGUAUGAUCAUGUCCCAGUCCCCACUUCUCACCCAUCCUGGGGCGCCUGGACAGCAGCCAAACGUGCAGCUCGGUCUGAAACGUAAACAGCAAGCUGAGCAAGGGCCCGACCCGAUGAGUGGUCCGUCGAACCCCCAGCCUCCCCGAGGGAUGCCCAACUCAACUAACCAGAACCGGUUCAACAAGUCGUCUCCUGUUGGCGGUCGGAAAAAGGCCAAAACCAACCCUAGCACGCUCAGUUGA